CGAAGGGGGGAGAACAUGAAACAUUUAAAUGUGCAUAUCACCGGGGUUUAACUGUCAUGACUCAUCUUUUGGAUCGAAAAUCCUCAUUCAGUAAAUUGAUAACAAUUUUCGUGAAUCAAAAUAGAGUUUAAUAUUUUUAAUAUCAAGUUGUGAUCUGGCAGACUGUGGGAAUCGGUUGACUGCUGAAGGGAUUUUUGAGGUUAUGUGACUUUCAAGUGCGAAUGUUUGUGGAGCAUUAAAACGUGGAGGAUUAAUUAGGGCUUCAUUAAGACAACGGCGGGGCUUUCAGUGAUUGUCUCAGAGUGAUUUACACUACGUAAUCGAUUAAAUUAGUCUAAAAUGUGGAUUAACGCGAGGUGAUGGGAAUGACCUCAACAUCUCUCGAGUCAUUGAUUUCGAUGUAAUCGAAGUAAGAAACUAAGGAUCUGAGUGGUGCUGAAUGAUGGCGGAGUGGUGACAGUCCUAUCUUGACUGAUGCAGAGGAUCCCAAGACAAAUAAUCUGAUUCCGACGAUUGACAUAAAAUUACCACAUGAUCGCCUCGUUGGCCCCGUAUACCCAGAGACGCCUCAGGAUGAUCUCCAGAAUAAAACUUAAAUAUAUUCUGAUCUUCGCAUUCUCAAUCUUCGUCCUGGAUUUUUUUGGAGCCUUCACCCAUGUCUUCGAGCUCUCCUACGACACCUACUUCAAGUAUCCCUACGAGGGUGAUAUCCACAGCUUCAUCGAUUCCCUGAAACACCGGAAGAAACCGGAGAUGGAUCCCAUCAACGAUUACAACUACAGUUACAUUCACGAUUUGAAGGACUUCUGCGUGGAUACCCAGAAUGAUUUUCGAAGUUUGAGAAUUGUAUUUCUCGUAAAAUCAUCAGCUGAGCAUUUUCAAAGAAGAGUCGCAAUCAGGAACACUUGGGGCUUCAAGAAAAGAUUCUUCGACGUCCCCACGAGGACUGUUUUUCUACUAGGAAUUCAUGAAAACGACGAAGACCUCCAGAAGAGGAUAGACGAAGAAUCAGAGAAGUUCAAAGACAUUUUGCAAGCUAAUUUUAUCGAUUCUUAUUUCAAUAACACCAUUAAAACGAUGAUCGGGUUUAAAUGGGCGUACAAUCACUGCAGGAACUCCAAAUUUUAUAUGUUCGUGGAUGACGAUAUUUAUGUGUCUGUUAAGAAUGUCCUGAGAUUCAUCAGAAAUCCCGCUUACUAUCCAGAGUAUUUGAAAGAUCCAAAUAGACUAGUCAAGAGGGCAUCUGGCCGGCAGAGGAAUGAAGCGGAUCAUUAUGAUACAGUAGCAACACCUGAAGAUAAUGAUGCAUUAAUGGAUAUGGAAGGUAUUCAAACUGUAGAGAUGCCAACGAAUAUCCUAAAAACUGAAAGAACAACUGUUCGAGAAAAGAUUCUGAUGAGACAAAGAGAAGGGUGGAAACAUCAUAACAAGUCAAUGCCUGAUCAGAGUGGGAGAUCAGGAGAAAUUGAAGAUGUUGGAGAUGGUUUAUUUAGGGAUAACCAAGUGCCAAAGGAUUCAUCCGGGAUUCACGAGGGACCAUUGGUGGGAGGAAACGUCAUAGAAGUUAAUAAUCCGCUCAAUUAUGUUGGAGAUAGUGUAAAUCAGAGUGAAGAGGUGCCAAAGGUUUUAUCGAGAAUUGCAAGAGCAACUGCACGAGAGAAAAUUUUAAUGCGACGAAAGGAGGGAUGGAAGAGUCAUAACAAAACGCGAAUGCCCAUUGCUGAUGAUCAAUCGAUAAAAAUGAGAGAUGAAAAAGUGGAUAAAAAAUUAUUGCAGAUUUCUAAAGUGCAGAAGUUAAUGAGACGAGAUAGAUCAGUAGUUGUUGGAGAUGAUCAAGCUGAUUUAGUGAAUAGGUUCAACAAUUCGAUGCUUUAUAAAAAAUUAACCAGGGGGCGACGUCAGGUCCUUGAUUUUGAACUUCCUGACGAUGUGAAACUCUUUGCGGGGUACGUUUUCGUGUCCUCUCCUCACAGACAUAAGAGCUCCAAGUGGUAUGUCUCUCUGGAGGAAUAUCCGUAUGAUUUGUGGCCACCGUAUGUCACUGCUGGGGCGUAUAUUCUUUCAAAGGCUGCUAUGAUUGAGAUGUACCUCACGAGUUUGUACACCCAGCAUUUUAGAUUUGAUGAUAUUUAUCUGGGGCUGGUUGCCAAAAAGGCUGAUAUUGAGCCGUUUCACUGUGAUGAGUUCCAUUUUUAUAAGAAGGACUACACCAAGUAUAAUUAUAAGUAUGUUAUUUCUUCGCAUGGGUAUGGAGAUCCUGGAGAGAUGCAGGAGAUCUGGAAUGAGCAGAAGGGAAUGGGAAAUGCUUGAGGUAAUGUUGUUUGAUAAUCUAAGAUCUGGGAGGAUUAGCUUUCGAACGUUAUUUUGAUUGAUUUUUCACCUUCAUGUUUGAAAAUAUAACAUUUGUCAGUGGAUUUUACAGUUCGUAAGAGUCGCUGAUAACACAGGUCUAUAAAAUGCAGACUGAUUAGUCUCCAAAAAUUUUUUUAUAAUUUAUUUUGGGCUUUCACAUCUAUUGGCUCGUUGUGUUGGAUAUAAAAACAUAAUUAAAAAAUAAUUGAAAAUAGUGUUAUAUUCUGACAGUGAGCAUCCUUAUUUACUUAGUUGUCUAUUUCAUUCAUUGUGAUUGAUGUUCUAUUUUAGAUAUUCACUUUGAGGAGGUCAGGAAGGAAUUCAUAUGUAGAAGAAUUUUAUUUAUUUAGGUCUUCCCGGGCUCGACCCAAUUUUUCUAAUAGCUAAUAGAAUUGGUUACGCUGAUUCUGAAUUCCCAUUUCGAAAGAUCUUUCCAGCAAAAUUUUGUGAAUUUUCAUCACCUGUUUGGGGAAUUGCAUUAGCUGAGGAUAAGUUAGCUGUGAGAAUUCUUAUCCACACCAAUUUUAAUUGAAAUAACCCCCAAUUUUAAUUGUUAUGACCUCCCCUAGAUUUGGAUUGAGACGAUCGAGACGUCAGCAAUCUAGGUAAAUCAAUUUGGUGCAGAAUUUUAAGUUAAUGUGGGUGAGGAUAUUCACAAUCAACUUCUGGUAAUUAAAUUUCUACAAAAGUUUAUGAAAAUUCCCUGCGUUUCACUCUUCAAAGACGACGAACUUUUGUUUCAUUAAAACUAUCACAUUUUAGUGUAUGUUUUUUUCUGUCUUCAAUUAUAUGCCAAUUGAUUGAUUACCUUGGUCGUUUUUAGAUAGUCAUUUUUAGUUCCCCAAAGACCAUAUUUUUGAUAUUUGAAUCAUUUAAAAUCAGCACUUUGGAAUUUAAUAGAUAAAAUUAAUUCCAUCCUUGAGAGCGGGUGAGCCCGUAUUUUGUAGAAUUGUAUAGCAAUUAUUAUUUAUUUCCGUUUGUAUUUAUCAAAAGGUAGGUUACAACAAUAUCUUCUACGAGCGUUUCUAAUGAAGAUUGAAAAAUGAGUUCGAUAAAGAGGACAUUGUGAAUGGAUAGAUCUAUCAUGACAAUUAACAAUCUUUAAACCAUUACAUGUGUUCAAUCAUCAACUUGCAAUUACCUUAGUAUUACGUGUAUUUUUUAAUUGAAUCCAAAGAGCUACUCUAUUGGAAAACGAUUAGCUUUUCAUGAAACUUUAUUUUGAUUUUCCAAUUAUAAUGUUUAGAGAUUUGAGGGUUAUCUGAAAUUCACUGGUAAUUGGAGAUCAUUCCAAGUUAUCGGAAUAACUGACAACUAGCAAAAUUACAUUCGAAAGAUAAUCUAGUUGAUUCUUAAAUAUUAAAUAAUGAUAUGAUAAUGAUAAAUGAUAAAUAAGAAUGAUAAUGAUAAAAAAUAAAAAAAAAGAAUGUUUUCAGUUUA